GCGACGCUCCGGAUAAUAAGAGGGGGAGUCCAUUAUUUAAUCGCGCAGAAUAAAGUGCGUGCUCCCUCGUCUCUUCCGACACUUGAGAUAGAUAGAGACCAUCUGCCCUGAGAGAUUAUAAAUAAAUAUAAAUCCUAAAGGCGGCCUGCAGGCGAUAUACAAAUAUCUUCCGGCAGGUCGGAUCUGAGAGAUUAUCAAGUGAGGGAGGGAGGGGAGGGGGGAAUUGAAGGCCGCCGGAGGUAUAGAUCAGAUAUAGAUAGAGAAAAUGGAAAGGGCGGCGGGGGGGCGCGGGAUACGGGUGGUGUUGGGGAUGCUGCUGGUUCAGGGUAUUAUGGCGGGGUUACAGAUUCUGUCAAAGGUCAUACUCGGGGAGGGUGCUUUUGUUUUCGCCCUCAUGACUUACCGUCACGUCGUCGCCACCCUCUGCGUCGCCCCUUUUGCUCUCCUAUGGGAAAGGGAGAGCAUGAAGGAAUUGAGCUUGACUGUGGUAAUGUGGAUCUUUUUGGUUGCACUCUCCGGGAUAAGUAUGGCUAUGGGCUUCUUCUAUUAUGGUCUCCAAAACACAUCAGCUACCUAUGCAACAAACACACUCAAUUUAAUUCCAAUUGUCACCUUCGUCUUCUCAAUAAUUACUGGUGUUGAGAAGCUGCGGUUGAAAAGCAAGGGAGGAAAAGCCAUUCUACUUGGAGCGAUGCUCGGCCUUGCGGGUGCAUUGACAAUCACACUAUACACCGGCAAAACCUUUCAUCUCUCCCUUAUUAGCACCAAGACGAAAGAGGUAAUCGUUCCAAAAGUGAAACCGAAUUGGGGCCGUGGGACUCUAUUUCUUGUGUGUAGCUGUCUAAGUUAUGGCUUCUGGUUCAUCGCCCAGGCCAAGUUGUACAAGAUAUUCCCAUACAUGUAUUCUGCAAACACCAUUACAUGCAUAUUUGCAACAUUCCAAAGCAUGGUAUUGGGUUUAUGCGUUGAUAGAACAAAAGCCUCGUGGAAGUUGGGAUGGAAUUUGCAACUAAUUACCAUCUUUUAUUCAGGUGCAUUGGCUACAGCAGCAACAUUUUGCUUGAUCGCUUCUACAAUAGCAAAAAGGGGACCAACUUAUCCCUCAAUGUUCAAUCCGCUCUCCUUAAUACUGGUCGCCAUUGCCGAAACGCUUUUCCUCGGAUCAUCCAUUUCAGCUGGAAGGUUACGCGCCAUUCCUCUCGACUGUCCGAUAAUGCAAAUCUGUUUUGAUUUUUAUUGCAAUAUCUUGUGUUUUGCAUCCAAAUAGCUCACACAUGCUAAAUGCAUGCAUGCAUGCAGCUUGAUUGGCAUGACUUUAACCAUAGUGGGGUUGUACAUGUUCCUAUGGGGGAAGAACAGGGAGAUGAAGAAAAGCAUGCCAAAAAGAAUGAAAAGUGAAGCUCAAUUACCACCAUCGUCGUCAGUUGAACCUGCGCCAGCACAAUCAACGGCCAUAGUGGUCCCAACGGAUGAGAGGCACAUUUAUAUCGGCGACUGUGCCAAUGAGGAUGUGGCAAACCCGCCUAAUUAGCUCGAAAAACGGGGGGGCAUUUUAAUUUCUACAAAUGAAUGACUCUAAUUGACUUGGUGAUCUUGUGUUAAUUAGCUAGCUAGUGCAAUACUCAACAACAACUUUUGGAAUGGCAUUUAAGUAAUACUCCACCCCUCCCAAAUUAAUCUUCAAGUUAUUUUUCAAAUUUUCUUUUGAAUAAAAGAAAGGUGAUCGAUUGUUUUAUGUAAGUAAAUCUCAAUAUGUUAGAAAUCAGUUUUUUUUUUUAAUUAUGAUGUCAAGUCAAAAUUAAAAUAUUUUAGUGAUUUGGGAGUGGAGGGGGUAUUUAGUUUGCUUGUGUCCUCAUUUAAUUUGUUGGUGACUUGAAACUUGAAUGUUA